CCGACUCAGACUGGAAGUUAAAGUUAAAUCCGACAGCAACAUUUCACAUGUUCCGGCGCUUUGAGAGGACAGGCAGGCUUUAACUUGUGACAUGAUCGCGUAAUCUUGAAUCAGCCGGAGCAAAGAUCCAGAAGUCCAUCUGUGCGCUGUUUUAGAGUCAAACCAGGAGCAGAGCUGACAGUUUCCUUGAAGAGGACAGUAACUAACCUGCACAGGUGUCAGUGUCUGGUGUUAAGGAUGUUUUUGCCCAGACAUCAGACCUGGAGGUAACCCCACGUCAUCUGUGCUGUUGCCCUCCCUGCACCCCAGAGUGGAGAUGGUCCACUGGACCACACAGUGGGGGACAUGUGUCUGGCUCCAGACUCUGCUAGCCUUCGCUUUGGCCAACUGCCCCUCACUGGCCCCCAGCCCCGUCAACUUCUCUGUGGUGUACACAAUGCCCUUCUUCCAGGCCCGGGGCCCCAUCCAGAACAUAGUCAACAACUCCUUUUACCAGGAAGUGUACGUGGCAUCUCAGAAUGUGAUUGAAGCCAUCAACAGGAGCUUGGAGAAGGUGUGGGAGCUGCGCACCGGGCCAGUGGGAAGCCCAGACUGUCACAUAUGCAAAUUGUGCGACAUUGAUAGGGAUACCAACUUUCUAGAGGACACAAACAAUCAAGUGUUGCUGCUGGAUACUCUCUUUAUGUAUUUAUAUUCCUGUGGAAGUUCUCAGUAUGGUGUGUGCUAUUUCCACCAGCUGAACCCAGAUGGAGAGCCGCCUUCUCUCUCUAAGUGUUUGUUCAGAAAGGAUUCAAACUCUGCUGCUUACUGUCCCGACUGUGUUGCGAGUUCUCUUGGUACCAAAGUCACCAUGGUGGAGGAGGGUCACACUGUCUACUUCUUUGUUGCUACCACCGUCAAUGACAGUGUGACCCAGCGUUAUGGCAGGAAGUCUAUAUCAGUUCGUCGACCGCUGGCUACAGAAGAUGGUUUCUACAACGACGUGCGAUGCCUGACUGUCCUCCCCAGCCUGCGGAGGACGUACCACAUUGAAUACGUGUACAGUUUUUUCACUCAGGAGUUUGUCUACUUCCUCUCAGUGCAGAGAGAAAGCCCAGACCUGGACUCGUCCCCAUUUCAGACUCGUCUGGGACGCCUCCCGCGGAAUGAAUGGGAGAUGAAGAGGUACCGCGAAGUGAUCCUGGAGUGUCGCUUUGAGCCAAAACGCAGGAGGAGGAAUGUCGCCAGUGAACCCUAUAAGGAUGUUGUGUACAACGUGGUCCAGGCCGCCCAUUUUGGCAGGGCGGGCCGGGAGCUGGCAGAGGAGCUGGGGGCGGAGGAGGAGGACGACAUCCUCUACGGGGUGUUCGCCGUCACCGAUGACAACGGGAUCACGGAGCACGACUCGGCCCUGUGCGCCUUCCCCAUGGACAACGUGAACAAAGCAAUCGUUGAUGGGGUGGAUGAUUGCUGCGAGUCUGGACCUGAGCAGCUCUCCAGGGGGCUCUGCCAUUUCCAGCCCUGUGAGAGCUGUCCACAUGAGAGCAUGGAGAACAACGCCACCUGCAGAGACCAUCCCACCAUGGUGUCCAAGCCCUACUACCGAGUUGACCUCUUCAACAGGCAGAUGACCGACGUCCUGCUCACCUCUCUGCUGGUCACAACCAUUGAGAACAAAACUGUCGCCCACAUUGGCACCUCAACCGGACGCCUGCUACAGCUUGUACUGACAAGAUCCAGCCCUGUUAUCUUUGCCAACUACUCCUUGGUAGAGAACCAGAGAGUUUCCUCCAUUGCUGCAGUGUACUCUUCAGAGUAUCUUCUCUUUGUGGUUGGAGACAAGAUGAUUCAGGUGCCUCAGAGAGGACCGGGCUGUCAACACUUCAUGACUUGCGCUAUGUGCCUGAUGGCCCCAAAGUUCAUGGGCUGUGGUUGGUGUUCUGGAGUUUGUUCGUGGGAGAGCGAGUGUCACAGCCGCUGGAGGAACGAGUCCUGCCCUCCUGGGAUCACUGGGUUCUUUCCACGGACUGCUCCCCCUGAUGGUCAAACAGAGCUGACGGUGUGUGGAUGGGAGUUCCAGUCGCCCAUAAGACCCGCCAUCACCUCCAGAACCCAUCAGGUCCGACUGGGACAGACGGCUUGUACUGUGCUUUCAGCCAAGAGCAACAACACGCACCUCGUGUGUAAGAUUCGCUCUGGGGUCACUGAGCUGUCCAAGCCAGUCAACAUUACAGUGGAGGUCCAUGAGGGCAAGGUGGAGGGCCGCUACUCUAUUGACGGGAAGGCGGAAAUGCCAGGGUUCACGUUUGUGAUUCCCAACAUCACGGAAAUCCAGCCCAACUAUGGGCCUCGCGUUGGGGGAACGCUCAUCACAGUGACUGGGCCUCACUUGAACGCUGGAAAGACCAGGAAAGUCACUCUGAAUGAUGUGCCCUGCCCUAUCAAGAGAGUCACAAAGCCCAAAGGCAACGUGUCUUCCAUCAUCUGUCUGUCCCAGCCCAUCUCAGAGGUGAGGGAUGUUCCUCUGAGUGUUUUCAUCGACAAGUCUCCUGUCCUCACUACAAAGGUGUUUUACUACAAAGAAAACCCGAAGAUUACAGCUGUUCUGCCUGACUGUAGCUUUGACAGGGGUUCAAAGAUUGUGAUUGAAGGACAGAACCUGGACUCUGUUUAUCGCACCAUCAUCCGCUUUAAACCCAAUGAGAGCCACCUGAAACCAGUGACAAGGGAGUGCAUAGGCAAGUCCCUGCCCACAAGGAUGGAAUGCGUCACUCCUGUGUUUCACAGAGAUGAGACUGAGGAAGGGGAGCUGUCGUUUGACAUGGACGGAGCAUUAGGUCUCUGGAACAAAGAGUUCUCCUAUCACCCCUACGGCGAGCCCAUACCGUUUGAAACUGAGGGACAUGUACUAAAUUUGUACCCUGGGUUUGAUGAAGUGUCACUACAUCAUCAAAAGCUGAACCUGGUGAGCUCCUGUAUGACCAUUAUAAUGACGGUGGCCGGUGUUGAUUGUGAUGCUAAAGUCCUGGAUAAUGAGAUAACCUGCAGGAUCCCCAAAAACAUGACUAUUCCCAGCGAGGGACUCCCAGUAAAGAUCUCCAUCAAUGGGCAGGUCCACAACGUUGGCACAGUGGUGAGAGUCAGCAACCACUACAUGGUGGGGAUUGUUCUGGGCAUCCUGGCUGCUCUGGUUGCCGGGGCGGUGCUGGCGUUUGUUGUAAUGAAGCACUUGAGGAAGAAGAAGAAAGCUUCCAUGGUAGAGACGCGUUUGUCCCACAGUGCUAACCGCUCUGGAACAAAUAACGUGGAGCUGUCGCCUAUUGGAGACUACAGAAGAGUAGUAUCCCUGAAUCCUCCAACCCCUCUGGUAGGACCCGUGGUGUUCCCCAGCCUGGCCUAUGCUGCAGGUAGUAUAGAUCCAACCCUCACUCCCCUCAUGCCUGCAGAAAAGAUCUCUAUCUCCAGUUUUAGGCCAGAGCUGCUGGAGGAGGUGAAGGAUGUUCUUAUUCCUGCUGAGAUGCUUAUUGUUCAGCAUCAUCGGAUCAUAGGGAAGGGCCAUUUUGGUACUGUCUAUCAUGGCUACUUCACAGACUCCACCAACAGAGAAAUCCACUGUGCUGUCAAGUCUUUGAAUAGAAUAACAGACGUUGAGGAGGUGGAGCAGUUUCUGAAGGAAGGCAUCAUAAUGAAGGGUUUCCACCACAGCAAUGUGUUGUCUCUGCUCGGCAUCCUGCUGCCACAGGAGGGGCUCCCUCUAGUGGUGCUGCCGUACAUGAAACAUGGGGACCUGCGGCACUUCAUACGCUGCGAGAAGAGGAACCCCACUGUCAAGGAUCUGAUUGGCUUCGGGCUGCAGGUUGCCAAGGGGAUGGAGUAUUUGGCUCAGAAGAAGUUUGUGCACAGAGAUCUCGCCGCACGCAAUUGCAUGCUGGACGAGUCGUAUACCGUGAAGGUGGCGGACUUUGGCAUGGCCAGAGAUGUUUUUGAUAAGGAAUAUUACAGUGUUCAAGACCACAGGAAGGCCAAACUGCCUGUGAAGUGGAUGGCCAUCGAGAGUCUGCAAACACAGAAAUUCACCUCCAAGUCAGAUGUGUGGUCCUUUGGAGUUCUGAUGUGGGAGAUGCUGACCAGAGGAGCCAGCCCAUACCCAGAAGUGGACCCAUAUGACAUAACACAUUACUUAAUGAAGGGCAGGAGGCUUCCCCAGCCGCAGUACUGCCCUGACCCUUUAUAUAGCAUUAUGCUCCAGUGCUGGGACCCCGAUCCAGAGUUGAGGCCCAGUUUUGCUACACUGGUGUCGGCCGUCUCCACCAUCUUAUCUGGCCUGGAAGGAGAACACUACAUCAGUCUUAAUGUCACCUACGUCAACCUGGACCAACCACGGCCCUACCCUGCCCUGACAGAGUCCGCCGAUGAGUACGACUCUACAGAUGUUGAAGACUCAGGUUCAAUCUCUUCCUGAUCCAAAAUCUCCUACUCUCUCGACUGUAAACUGGUAUUGGUGCUAACAGCAAGAGCACACAAAAACCUCUGCCAUGUCACACCGGUGUCUUUUACCUCAAAGGAUCUGAAACAGAGAUGAUGGCUUUUGUUUGAGUGCAUGAAAUUGAUAGUGAGACGCUUUCAGCUGGAUUAGCCAAGAGGGUUGAACUAGACCUCACGUCUGGGGGAUCACAGGGUCUGUGAGCCAAAGGGAAGAGAGGAGAUUAAAAUAAACUAGAAAUAUUCAUCAUUAUAAAAACUACAGCCAGGCUCAUGCUGUGUGAUAGACCACUGCAGGAGUUUACGGGCCAUUUCAGGGUGGCUCGAAAAUUUGAGUGUGUUUAGACCACAAGAAUUGCAUCAGAGAGCCUCUUUUUGGGCCAUUUUUGGGGUAGAAAAAGUACAAACAUCGGGGUAGGUACUUCUGAGUAGCCCUGAAACACAGGUGUGCUGGUCUCAAUACUGAUUGGCUAAACUCAGAGAAGGAAAAUGCUGAUUGAUUAAACUUGGGGAGGACAACAACUGCCAUUUUUCUGCCCUCACAAUAUCCUCAUGCCGUUGCAGUUUCACCAUAUAGGUGAACAGAACAAACCUUCAAUUGUUUUAUGUUCUGUGAGCUCAUAGCACUAGAGUUAUGUCCUGUAGCUACUGUUUGUUUUAGUGCACUCUGAUUUAACUUUGCUGUCAAAGCUGUUGGAUCCUUCACUGCAAAUGGAAACAGAGAGCCUGAAAAUGUUAUUAUGGUGCUGUCCUCGUAAACUUUUGUGGUACCUUGUGCCUGCUUCAAGUUCCUGCAGUGAAAAGCCAUCUAGUGUUGAAAGCGUUGGAGAGCUGUUGAAAAAGCUAACAUUAAUGUUAGCCUUUUAAAACCAUGUCAAGCACAUUAAGGAUCCCACUUAUCUGCUGGUGUCAGCAUGUGCUUGAGAAAUCAUAUAGUGCCAUCAGAAUAUAUGCAUUAAAUAAAGAAAACAUGUUACUGAUUGAUACCAGUGACAAAAUCACCAUACCACAAAGUAACUAAUCAUUAACAGGACACUAGAAUUAGUUGACUCUGAAGAAGUUCUGUCAAAGUCCUUAAAUGGAAGCCUCACCACUUGGCAGCCAUCUUGGUAACAAUCCCAGGCAGUUAUUUUGGGCUAAUAAGACCACUUUUCAGUCUGAAUGAGUGGGUAGAGAGCCAUUACUGCAGUUUAAAAGAUCAUAUACAAAAACUGCAGAUGAUACAUUAAAACAGGAUGCGAGGGUGUAAUCAUCAGUCAGACAUCAGGGGGGAGGAGAGCGUAAUGACAGGCUUAUCUUAAUAAACAUGUCUUUUAGCUCUGAUGGAGCUCAGAAUUCAUCCAGAGAAGCUUUGAUACAAAUAACUCGACCGUAUAAACCUGGAAUAUAUAGGGAACAGCUGACCUGUCUGAUGUUUAGAGCAACAAGAACAUUAUAUAUCAUCAGAUCCUGUGUUAAUGACAUUAUAACUUCUGUGCCACGUGUGUAAAGAAGCAUUUCCUGCUGCUGUGUGAUGCUGCAGGUAUUUAAUAAAGUCAAAGGAAAGAAUCUGACACACAAUCAUCUGUGAGCAAACAGGACAUGAGUAGGUGUAUCCUGCAAAAUCCAGAAUUACACUCAGUGACACCUAAAGAACAUAAAUAAUAAACAUCAAUACAAACCUUUCACACCUGCCGGAGCGACAUUAAUAGCUGUAUUAUGAGAUAUAUCAAUAUGUUAUGUAGUAGAUACUUGUGGGUGCAGCGCUACCUGGACAUAAGCUGGAGCUUUAUUAACACCUGCUGGGUCAGCUGGGUGAUGUAUGAACUUGAAAGACCCAAAACAGGAAACAUCACCGAUGAUGUAACCAGGUGCAUCAAUAUGAUAUAGUUUAUGUUAAAAGAAGUGUAAUAGACAACAUAGGAUGCAAAAUAAAAACAAAACAAGAGAAAUUGAUUUGCAAUGUUGCACACCUCUGCUGACUAAAGAUAUACAAACUGAGGCUUUUGAACAGUUUUUUGAACUAAUCUCUGUGCAGAAAUAAGAAUAUCCUGUAACACUGGAAAGUGCUGCACUCACUAUAAAAAGUAACAUUACUGCCUAUACAUCCAUGGACUGUAUAUGAUGUGCAACAACAUAUUCUUCCCUCCAUACAAUAUUCCAAAUUAAGUUUCUGGCUGUUACAUUAAUUUUGAGGAACAGAAAAGAGCUCACACAUAAAUAUUCAGGGAAACAAACCAGAGGUGACCAGCAGGACCAACAGGAUAGACCAAAGCUGUAUAUUUGGGACCAUUAGAACAUUAGCUCCUCUAAUUUAGAAGCAUAAAAGGAAGUGAUGCAUGCAAACGUCUUUAGAAUUGGCUUGUAGAGCCUGAUGUUCCCCAGAUUUGAGAUCCACAAUUAGACCCUUCUGAUAACGCACAAUAUCGGAUGGCAGCAGUAAGCUCAAAACAGCAUCUUUAAAGUUUGAUAGACAUGUAGUUUUGUAUUUUUUAACUGGUAACAAAUAUUGUCAUGAUGCAUCUAAUCGGUUGUACUGGCUUGUAAACAAAAAACCUGUUUUCUUAAAUCAGCCUACAAGUUGACAACCCAACUAACAAUGACUGAGUUUGUUCAGAUUUGCCAAAAGCAGUUUUCCAAUGAGUGAGAUCUGGUUACAAGCAAGGGCUAAAUAGGUAACCACAUCUCACACAUUUAAUGCUUUUUCUUGUACUACCUGCAAGAGCUGUAGUGUUCUGUUACAGUCCCGAAGCCCAUGUGUAUAUAUGUUUAUGCUGACAUUCCUGAAUUUGCUUUUAAUUCUUUUGCAGUGUAGUGAUUGUACUGUAUAUUUUGGAUCAAACUUCUAGAAGCCCAAAUGUUGAACACAACGUUGUGAAGGAAAUCACCAUAUUGCUUGUAUUUCUGACUAAAUGUCUUUGAGAUAGUGUAAUUAAAUAUUUAUUUGUUUAUACAUUUGUUCUCAUGCUGUGGACUGUGAGUAAAUAUGAGAAUUUAGGCAAAGUGCCAUGUGCACUUUAUUUAUGUCACACACUGAUGCCUUCCUUAAUGAAUGUUAUGUACAGUGACUGUAUAGUAUUGCUGUGAACAGAACUCUUUUACUGCAGUUUUCCACCAGAGGUCAGUAUUUUGUUAAAAGUUCUCUGCAUUGCCACUAACUUGCUCCUGAAGAUGUUCCAUGCAACAUGGAUCCAGAAGUCUC